UGACAGAGUCGUGUGCGUCCCUGUGUCGUGGCGUGAUCUUUUGGAUCGUCCCGGCUUCUCUGGGCAGGAGCUGUUGGGGGCCUUAGGCUAAUUGCGGGUGCUGGACCCGGAGCCUGUGAUGCGGCUUUCUCCACUUUGUUAGGUCCCGAGCUUUGGGGUAACUUUGCCUCACUGUAACCCCCCUAGCUGGAAUGAGGACAUCCUAACGAGGCAAUUAUGUCCCUCCCGGUAGCCGCCUGCCGAGAAACAAAAGCAUCCCAGGGAACUGAAUUUCCUCCUGGAAUCUCGUGCGGGGAGAAGCUGCUUAGUGUCAGCCAGAGUGGAAACUUGUUUCUGGGAAAAAGAUUUCACACAGAUCACCUUGCAGGACUGAAGCCUAGACAGUGAUGAACGGGACACGCCUUGACUUUAACUGUUCAGCUCUGUAUAAUUCUGACUAUUUAAACCUUACCCUCAUAUAAGGACCCAGAAGAUAAGACUUCUCUUUGUCCUUCUUCCCAGUGUGGCCACUUUGAACAAAUCUCCUUUUUCUGUUACUUACCAUUACUUGUUUAGUUGGCUUGUUAAGGAUGGUGGCCAACUUUGUCUAUUAGAUUGUAAGGGCCCAGGGUCUGACUGUCAACGCCAAUAACAGCAGGGAAUAGAGACAAGCUCUAUAACCCAGCUUUCCGUCACUUAAUAAUCUUGGUCGAACCUGCUACCCUCUCAAGGUUGAAGCCCAGAGGCACGUUCAGCCCAGCAGCUGAGAGGGACGCCAAGCUGCAGUCUGGGGCGCCAGCCUUGUGGAGGCAGCAGGAGUCAGGAUGAGCGCUCCUCUACUCUCAGCAGAUCAAUAUUGGAGCAGCGACCACCCCGCUAGAUGCCAGUAAGGCCGACACCCCUCUGCGCUGGCCCUGGUGCAGAAAUGAGUUUGGGCAUUUCCUUCGGAGCCUGGUGGUGAGAAGGGAUCAAAGUCGCUGAACUGGCUUUGUUUUUUCUGCUGCUGGAACUGGGCUGUCUUCUUACCCUUCUCUGGUCGCAGUUUUCCCCACACAGUUCUAAAGGCCAAAGUAAAAAGCGGGAUGCAGCGGCGUGCAUCUGUAAACCGGCACUCGAGCUGUGAGAGACGGAGGCAGCAACCAGCAACUGGAGACGCACAGAGAAGCUGGAAGCAGCGGGAACAAUCCUCCUGACCUCAGGUGGAGAGAUGGAAGAGAAAAAGAAGCUGAAGGUGGUGUGGACAAUAAAGAGAGGCAGAACUGGAGAUGCGAGGGUACUGAGGAACAGCCUGAUGAGAGUAGGUGGCAAUGCCACCUAAGGCCACGAGGAGGCUGCAAGGAUGAAGGGCAUGUACGAAAGGAUGAGGAGAUGAGUGGGACUGAGAAAUUCACAAAGAAUCAAUAAAAAGUUAAAUUUAAAAAAAGGCAAAUGAGGAUGUAUUUCAUAGAAAGAAAGACAAUUCUGCAAAAUACCAAAGACAGGGCAAAAACUAGGUCCACAUUGUCUCCAAGAAACAAGUUCAGCAGGCAGCCCCUUCUGAGGCCUGACUGAACACUGAGACCACUGAAACCUUCAAGACAUCUUUGCUUGUUGGCCCUGGGCACGCCUCAGCCUCUCCUCCUGAGCGCUGUGCGGAAAUCCCCUGGGAAGCAUCGGGGUGACCACCGGUGGACCUGUUUCAUGCUUCCUGUGCCUCCAGAAUGUCAAGGCCACCCCAAACUGUAAGUCGCUCGGAUCCAGGGAGGCUUGCUCAUAGCCAAAGCACCGAGGCCUGUGAUUCCAACCUGUUAGAAGCCAGGCCCCGAUCACAUCUAGCAGCUCAGGAAAACGUCCCAGUGGCGUGUUUUGAUCCACCUCUUGAAGUGGAUAUGACCAGGAACCCAGCUGUAUACAACCAAAAGGCAGCUGACCCACUCCAUCCUGACCUUGCCAGCUUGUUGGUGAAAAACAAGACUCUUUUCUCGGAGCUGAGAAAUCUUCAAAGCAAACUUUUCAUGAAAGAAACUUCAUUGCAAGAGAUGAAGACAGAGCUAGAGAGUUACAAAGAAAGUAACGCCCAGCAGUCACUACAGAUAAUAUCCCUGAGAGCUGACGUCAGGAACCUUCAGGACCUUAUUGCUUCUCUAAUGAAAAUUAAAAUUUUGAAAAACACAAAUUCUCAGAAUCUUGGAAGAGGCAACUGGGAUCUAACUGAGCAAGUUAUAGACUUAGAGAACCGUCUAAGAGAAUACCUGGUAGAAAGAGAGAAGGCAGAAAUUCUGGAGAAAAGGCAGUCCUAUCCCAGCAGACUCUCUCCCUACAUACAUCUGAAAGGACCAGAAGAAUCCUUGGAUAUUUUCCCGGUGAAGGACAAUGGUGAAGCCUCCAACUUUGAAAGAGACAACAUUGUUUACUCUGAAGGACCAAUCGAUGGACAAAACUUCGGGGAUAAAUGUCAACAAGAUUUGAUACACAAAGAAAAAUUAACGUUUGAGUUGGACAGACCUCCACAUUCCUGCCGCUGGGACACCACAGCUGAGCAGUCCCAUCACCAGAAUUUCCUUGCUCAGCUGGCUACUUUACUGAGUGACAGCAUCGGCCCUAUACUAGCCACGGAGGAAUCAGUGAAGGAGAGGAUCCAGGAAAUGGGCAUAAACGAGCAGCUGUGGAAAUCUAGAUCUGAAGCCCUGCAGCAGGAAAUUCAGAAGCUCACCAAGAGGCUUGAGCAGCUCUACUACCUCUAUGAAGAGGCCGUGGAAGGGUUACCCCAGACCGAAGAAGAUUACACAGAACAGAAAAGACCCUCUCGACGUCAGGAAGGAAAGGCUGCUGUCAGCCCCUCUCCGAGGAGCUUAGACGUGGGCAGGACAAAAAACAACAUUCUUAAAGUACAGUUCUCGAUUUCAAUCCUGUUGAUCUCUACAAAGGAAAACUCCAGGACUGGGACUGCCCAUACAGAUAAACACAGCAAGUUCUCACACUUAGAGUUGUUAUUGAAUAUUGAGCAGAACUCCAAGACGGCUGCAGCCCCAAGAAUGGAGGAGAAAAUUCAGAGACUUCAGAAGCAGCUUAGUGAUUUGAAAUUGUCAAACAAAAACAUGAAAACUCAACUGACAAGGGUAAAUGUCCUUAAGGACAAGACAAUCGAGAGGCUCAGGCAAUCUGUAGCCAAAGCUGAAACAUUGAAAGAGAAGACAGCUGCCAAAACAAAUAACUUGAAAACCACAGCAGACACUGCUGAGGAGGUGGUGAAAUCCGAGGAGAGGGCCCAGCCGAAGGCAGCCCGGGGCCCUCCUGAGCUUCCCACUGGCAGGAGCGCCCUGAAAGGGGUCUCAGGACGAGAGCAAGAGCUUACCGACUUUCGAGAAACCAUUAUGAAGAUGUUGGGAUUUAACUUGAAAACAGCAGACAAGGAAGUCAUUAAUCAGCUGAAGCUUGUCAUCCAAGUUUAUGAAAUCUCCAGCAGAUCAAAGAUGGCUUCUCACCAGGAGGCUGGACAGGACAAGUGAGCAAGCUCUGCCUCUACUCGCUGCCAAGAACUUGGGUCCAGAGGUUUCCUGCAGCAUCCAGGAUACAGCUCCAUUGUGAAUAAAAAGCACCCGGAAAGUUUCA